AGCGUCGUCGCGGAAGGUUGGUCGGUGAGUUUUGGGCCACAGAGCGUGCCGUAGAGGGGCGUGGCGACGCACCAGCGAUUUGAUUCGCAGAGUUCACGUGCUGGUCGCAGCGCUUCUUGAACCCACCAUGGCUCAACAGGGGAGUCUAAACCUCAAUAACGAGGUUGUGAAGAUGAGAAAAGACGUGAAGAGAAUCCGAGUGCUGGUUAUCCGAAAACUUGUCAGAAGCGUUGGCAGACUCAAGUCAAAAAAGGGUACUGAAGAUGCACUCUUAAAAAACCAGAGACGGGCACAACGAUUGCUUGAAGAAAUUCAUGCAAUGAAGGAAUUGAAACCUGAUAUAGUAACUAAAUCUGCUCUCGGUGAUGAUAUCAACUUCGAAAAAAUCUGCAAGAAGCCUGAUUCUACUGCAACUGAAAGAGCAAUUGCUAGGCUAGCAGUGCAUCCUCUUCUGAAGAAAAAAAUAGAUGUGCUAAAAGCUGCUGUCAAAGCUUUUAAAGAUGCAAGACAAAAUGUUGUUGAAAUUAACUCAUCAAAGAAUGCUUCAGUAGAAAAUCAUUCCAAGGACACUUUGUGUUCAAAUGAUGAUGCCAGUAAGUUACAGCAUGAAGGAACUAUUGUCAGUGAGCAAAAAGAGAAAGAAGCCAAAAUAUUGGCAAAGAAACCAAGAAAUUCAAAAGAAAAAAUAACCAAGAUGGAACAUGGACCCAAUGCUGUAGACAUUCCAGAUUCUCCAUCAAAGCCUUCUGAAAGGGAUUCUGUAGUUCCGUCUGAACCGCGGAAGACACCUGCUGACCCAAAAAUGAAAACAAUAAGUAAAACUAAAAAAAGUAAAGGGUCCAAUAGCUCCCUUGGUGAUAACAGUGAUGGAGAAGAAUUACAGGAAGAAGAAAAGGAGUAUUUUGAUGAUAGCACAGAAGAAAGGUUUUACAAACAGUCUUCAAUGUCUGAGGAUAGUGACAGUGGUGAUGACUUCUUCAUUGGGAAAGUCAGACGGACACGAAAGAAGGAAAGUAGUUGCCAUUCUUCAGUUAAGGAACAAAACCCCCCCAAAAAUGUGUUACCUGAAGAAGAUCUACUUGAAACCCAUCAGAAUAUAAGAAAAGACAAAAACCCGCCAAGUACAGAAUCAAGGAAGUUUGAGUCAGUGUUUUUCCAUUCUUUAUCUGGAUCUAAAAUCUCCAGAAGAGAACAGCCUCCAAAAAGCAAAACCCCAGGUUUUCGGCAAAAUGAACUUCAGCUCAAGAAUCCGUUUAAUAGGAGUGCACAGAGAGGACUUGAAAAUACAAAACAGCAGUCACAGCUGCCUCUUCAUCCUUCAUGGGAAGCAAGCAGGAGGCGGAAAGAACAGCAGUCUAAAAUUGCUGUGUUUCAGGGGAAAAAAAUUACAUUUGAUGAUUGAUUAGGACUUCUUUCUGUGAACCAGCCUGUUAUUAAAGUUAUGUUUACAUAAGCCGUGCACAAAUCAAGUACAUACUUAAAUUGUUUCUUAAUAAUAUACCCGCACUCUUCCCUCUGCAAGAAUUCUGAGAUCACAACUCUCUCGGUCUUGGUCAUGUGCACUUAUCAUGAAGUGAAUAUGACAAGUGUAGCUCUUGUUUCUUGCCUUGAAAAUGAAUGUUUAGGAGAUAUAUUUUCUGUGGAAAAUAUGAGGAAAUUAUAGUUAUUUAAAAUAGAUCAUCUUUCCUAAGAGUUAUUCUUAGCAAAACUAAGUUCACUUUUAUUAUGGGUAUGAAGACAAUAAAUUAUAAAAAUAAAUGUUAAUUUUUAUUAUACUUUUAA